GCUAUUGCAGAGAGAGUGACCCAUUCUCGAGGAUGUUACUCUUUGAGUACGCAUCAAAUGGGACCCUGUACGAGCACCUACACCAUGGAGAAGCGGCCCAAUUCUCUUGGCUCAGACGAAUGAAAAUAGCCAUCAGCAUCGCCCAAGGUUUAAGGUAUCUGCACACCGAGUCGCAGCCGCCUUUCGCUAUAUCAGAGCUGAACUCCAAUUCAGUAUACGUUAUAGAAGAUUCUACCCCCAAGGCUGACGGCGUCGUCUACUGAAGCCCCACCGGCGACGCGACGGGAGAGCUCCGGCCUGUAC